GUUAAAUGCGCCACAGCAAGUUGUGAGGCAGAACUGUGUCAGGAUAGGUCGUCGGUUCUAUCGAGCUUUCUCUUAGAAACAAAACUGAACAAAAACCCCCCAAAUUUCUGUGACCCAACAUGGUAAAACUCGCGUUCAAUUCAGCUCUCGGGCAGAAGGAUGUGAAAAAGGAGAAAGAUGAAGCUUUGAUCCCUCAGGAUGUGGAUGUGGAGGAUGGUCUGCGUGUCAGGCAGCAGUCCAGGGCCUGGUGCUGGUGCAUGUGUUUGGGUGUGGCCCUUAUUCUGUCCGGCGUGGUGGUGGGUGGAGCUUACCUGUACAGGUAUUUCUUCGUAGAGGAUUGUCUCUUGGAGGAGAAGAUAUAUUUCUGUGGUGUGAACUACCGUGAGGAGAAUUACAUGAUGCAGGAUAGCCAUGAGGAAAGUGAGAUGGAUUUGCCGUCCGUGUUAAAGAGGAUUGAAGAGAGAGUGAGGGUUCUGGAGGACGAUGGAGUGGAGCUUAUUAACAUCCCAGUGCCCAAGUUCAGCGACAGCGACCCUGCCGACAUCGUUCAUGACUUCAACAGGAGACUAACAGCCUAUCUGGAUCUGCGUCUGAACAAAUGCUACGUCAUUCCGCUCAACACCUCUGUCGUGAUGCCGCCCAAAGACUUCUUGGAGCUGCUCGUCAACAUCAAGGCUGGAACAUACCUGCCACAGUCCUACCUGGUCCGUGAAAAGAUGAUCGUGACAGGAAAGGUGGAGCAUGUGGAUCAGCUGGGUUACUUCAUCAACGGCCUCUGCAAAGGGAGGGACACCUACAAACUGGAGCGCAGAGAGACUGUUUUUGGUAUCCAGAAGCGUGAGGCUCUCAACUGCCUCAAGAUCCGCCACUUUGAGAACAAUUUUGUGACGGAGACGCUGAUCUGUGAGCCAUAGGGUGCAGAUGUCAGCUGGGUAGCAAGAUAAACCACUUUGGACAAAUUCCACUCUGACUCUUCCUAUCCUUCCAUUAAACCUUUUUCUGUUUCCCCUGUAUGCGCGUGUGCACGUGUGCGUGAUUUGUGUUUCUCUGUAUAGCAGCAAUCAAUAUUACAGAGAGAGUGCGCGACUGAACGCCUAGAGCAAUAUUAUGCAUAGAAUCAUUUAUGUGUAGGCAAAGGUUUUGACAUGUUUGUCUCUCCUAGUAAUGUAUUUUUCUGUGUUUGGGUUUCUAAGCGGGGAGUUUGAAGUCUCCAACAGGGUGUGUGGGUUAAUGUAAAAUAAACUAGUAACAGAUUGACCGUGGAAGGACUGACAAAUGAUAAAUGUAAGAGGAAAUCUAUAAAAAGAUGCAUGACAUGAAUGGUGCACUUUUAAAAAUGUGAACUACUGUCACCAACUCUAGAUUAUAUACUAGAAGAUAUUGACUUAUUCAUAACAUGGUAAGAAUAAUCGUAGAAUUGAUUUUUGUACUAGUUGCAAUUUAGUUGUUUUAAAAUGACAGAUUUGGCUCUGCUGUAAGAGAAAAUACUACUAAAACAUGUCCUAUAUUAAAGAAAUGUAAUUUAGGAUAAAAAAUUUAAAGUAUGUGACACAUCAGUUUUUGAUUAAAAAAAAAACACAUAUCCAAAAUAAAUCAAAUGUCAAAAUGCAGAUUAAAAAAAUGUGUAACUUUUGCAUCAUUUGGGGAAAAAGUUGGAUGGAUGAAUUCUGUAAAUUUACUUAAAUGUCAGUCUUUGAACUACAGUUGGAAUGAUUUAUACUUUGUACAUAACCCAAAAGGUUUUAAUGUUAACCUAUUAAUACUAAUAAAAAUUUGACCACUUA